GAGAUUUUCCAACUACCUAUAAAUAGUCAGGAUCAAAGCUCCGAAAAGCAUUCCAGUUCAGUGUCUCCAAGUGUAACAAAGCCUCAGCAGCUUUCGUGAAUUUUUCUUCUCACAAAAACAGAAAACCAAAACCACAUCAAAAUGUACAAGUUCUUGGCUCUCCCUCUGUUCUUCGCCGCCGUCUCGGCUGGAUACCUCGGAGCUCCUCUGGCCUACAGCGCCCCAGCCUACGCCCCAGCUGCCUAUGCCCCAGCUGCCUACGCCCACGCUCCUCUGGCCGCUGCCUACCAUGCCCCUCUGGCCUACCACGCUCCAGUCGUGAAGAGCAUCGCCGCCCCAGUUGCCUACCAUGCCCCAGUCGUUAAGGCCGUCGCUCCAUUGGCCACCUCGUACGCCAACACCUACAAGGUCUCCGUCAAGGCUCCAGUUGCUUAUGCCGCUCCAGCUUACGCUGCCCCAGCCUACCAUGCCCCAGCCGUCGUUGCCCAUGCUCCAGUUGUGGCUGCCCCAGCUUACGCUCACGCCUACGCCGCCCCAGCCUACGCUCACGGAUACCUGCACUAAGUUAGCUUAACGGCACACCGCCCACAACCUCCCCAUCGAAAAAGCCUCAGACACACAACAAACCUGCCCCAUAUACUCGUUCCCUCUCUCAGUGCGAGGUGGGAAUCUUCGCCAGCGCAAAGCUCCCCUUUUCAUCACAACCAACUUUCAUGUCAACCAAACGGCAGCAGCAAUAGCAAUUCCUGUACGGCCGGCACCACCUCCUCUGUUAAGUCAUCAUCCGAAUAGCAGCCGCGUGUGUGUGCGCGUGCGUUCGUCCGUCCGGCCAUGCGUGCGUGUGUGCGUAUGUACGUGCGUGCGCAGAACAAAAUGAGUCUAAUUGUGUACAUAUGAUGUAUAGUUUUUUUCUGUAUUUAUUUGUGAAGAAAAGAAACAAAAACAAUGCUGAAAAUUAUACGAAAAUCGAUUUGAUUUUUAACGAGAUUAAAAAUCAAAUUGAUUUCGCAGUUAAAAA